CAUAAAAUAAUACAUCUUUUGAUGUGGAAAUUGAUCAAAGUCUUCAACGCUUCGUUGUCUUUCUUGGUUCGGUGAAGGAGCUCACUGUUUGCGGCGGGGAAGAUGAGCUCUACGGGGACGGAGUCGCUGCAGUACGGAAAGGCGAAAACCUCGGUCUGGUGGGACAUUGAGAACUGCCAGGUUCCGAAUGGCUGGGAUGCACACGGAAUCGCCCAGAGCAUAAGCUCAGCUCUGGUGAAGAUGAACUACUCUGGUCCUGUCUCGAUCUCCGCCUAUGGCGACACCAAUCGCAUCCCUUCCUCUGUCCAACAAGCCCUCUCUUCCACAGGUGUCGCACUCAAUCACGUCCCCUCCGGAGUGAAAGAUGCGAGUGACAAGAAGAUUCUGGUGGAUAUGUUGUUUUGGGCAGUGGACAAUCCUGCACCUGCUAAUUUUAUGCUCAUCUCCGGUGACCGGGACUUCUCCAAUGCCCUUCACCAGUUGCGCAUGAGGAGAUACAACAUUCUCUUGGCACAACCUCAGAAGGCGUCAGCACCAUUGGUCGCUGCUGCAACGAGCGUGUGGCUCUGGACAAGCCUUAUUGCGGGAGGAUGUCCUCUCACAUGCAAUGAUUCUGCACAAGUUGUUGUUGAUGGAUGCCAUCCUUCUGAACUUGUAACAUCAAAUCUUUCUCCUUCUGAUCCAGCUUUCCCCAGCCAGGCUAUUGGUUCACAUUCUGAAGGUGGAAGGAUUGGUGAUAGUGGAAAUUGCGGGGAUUAUAUUCCUAAAUCAGCAAAUCAGCCAUUGCAACCGGACACUAAAAGGAACAAGCUUCCACGUAAGGGUGGCACGAGUGACUUUGUCAGGGCCUGCACAUUAUGUAAAGCUGUUUGCUACAGUUUGGAAUCUUUUACCGUCCACCUAUCUGGUAAAAGGCACGCAGCUGCUCAGGCUGCUUCAGUACCCCAUGGAGGAGCUCAUACCGGAGUUGGUGGCUUCAGUUCCCCACGGGGGAGCCCAGGGCCUUCCAAUUCCUCAGCUAAUUCCUCUGCCGGAGCUCAGGCCGGUGUUUUGAACAAACCUUUAAAGGAACCGAGUAUUGUGAAUCCUGUGUGGUGCAACAUCUGCCAGAUAAGCUGCACAAGCAAGAUUGGCUAUGGAAAUCACAUAUACGGGAAAAAGCACCAAAUGAACUUGGAAAUGAAGCUGGGCAAGGCGAAAAAAAUGUCUACAGGACCAACCGAGCGUCCUGAAAAGGACAUGACUGAGAAGAAGAAGGUGACUGAAGGUGGACCUGAUACCGGUGCAGUUAGGGUUUGUGGUUUGUGCAGAGUUGUGUGCCCUUGCCAAGCUGCCUUUGAGUCUCAUCUUAAGGGUCGUAAGCAUGUUGCAAUGGAGAAGAAGCAAGCAGAAGAACUCAUUGGUGCUAAGAAAUAUGAAGAAGGAAGCAAUCAAGAAAGACAUAAACCAAGAGAAGCAAUCAAGGAAAUCCAGUUUCAUUCUGGAGAGGUGAAAGAGAAUAUGAAUUGCUUGGAGAGGCAAAACGCCGAGUUGAGUGAGCGAUGUUCCGCCUCUGAAAUUAGUGCAAAGGAAUUUUGUCUCAGUGAUGAAAAACAGCUAGCAAGUGAGAACGAGCUGCCUCCAAGUGCUGAGCAUUUUCACACUGAACCGAGCUGCGAGUUUCCCACAGUAAAAGGAGUGAGCAAUGACAGAGAAUAUGUUGAUACAACUGUGGAGCCCAGACAUGCAUCUGCUGCGCUAGCUGAGUGUGUGGAUGAGGAAGUGGAGAGAAAGAAAAAGAAGUUUAUUGAAGGUGGAGCUGAAGCUGAUGCACUUAGGGUUUGUGGCUUGUGCAAGGUGGUUUGCGAUAACCAAAUUGUGUUUGAUUCCCAUCUUAAAGGUCAGAGGCAUGCUGCAAAUGUGGAGAAGCAACAAGGAGAGGAACUCUUUGGUGCUAAGAAAUUUCAAGAAGGAAGCUUUGGAGAAAAACAUGAGCCAAGAGAAUCCAUCAAGGAGAUGCAAGAGAUUCCAUCAAGUGUUGAAGAACGGCUUGCCCGUGACAACAAACUGCCUCCAAUUGCUGAGAGUUUCUACGACGAACCGAGCUGCGAGUUUCCAGCAGUCAACGAAGUGAGCAAUGACAAAGAAUACGCUGAUGCAACUGUUGAGCCCAGAGAUGAGUAUCUCAAGUUGGAAGUGGAAAGAAAAGAACAGAAGUCUAUUGAAGGUGGAGCUGAAGCUGAUGCAAUCAGGGCUUCUGACUUGUACAAGGGAGAAGACUUGCAAUUUGAGGGUCGUCAACACUUGGGAUUCACCCGAGAACAGUUACUUCAGCUCAGAGAGGUGAUCCAAGUCUCAGAUGAAAUUCUUAGACUGAAACUGGAAAUUGACAAUGAGCUUUUAGGCUUAGAGCAGAGCCGGGGUCGAGUGGAAACAAAGGAGAUCCAGUGUCAGUCUCUAGAGGAACAAAAGAAUAUCAAUUGCUCGAAGAAGCAAAGCAAGGAACCGAUUGAAGAUCGGGAAGAGAGCGAGGACAGACCGCUUCCUGGUGCAGAGUCUAUCUUCGCUGAUAAAAAACAGAAGUAUCCAGCAACCCGAGAAGUGAGUGAUUGUAAGGAUGAAAGCUUCAAGAAAAGGGAUGUGAAUAUGGUGGAGAAGUUGGAGGAGGAACUAGGAAGUAAAAACAAGCAAGUGCCAGACAGUGCAUGCAGGAUCUGUUGAAUAUCCCAAGAAAGAUGUCUGAGAAGAUGGCGAAGAAGAACUCCAGAAGUGUAAGCUAUUAAAAACUAUUCAUUCUUAUAUAUGCAUAUAUGUGUAUAUAUGUGUGUAUGGACGCAUGUAUCUUUCGUGUGUGUAUGUAGUAGCAGACCCAGAACCAUAUAUAACGGGAGGCAAUUAAUAAUUUUAAUAUAAGUUAAGGGAGGACAAUUAAGGAUUU